GUGCGAUAUAUAUACGUAGAAAACUUUUCUCACUAUUCAGUUUAAUUUGAGAAAGCAAAGAAAAAAGAUUAAAAAGAAAUUUAGAAUAAAGUGAAUAAAGUGUGAAAAUUUUUUUAUAUUAAAAGAAUUUUAUAGAACAUUCUACUCAAAACCUGUUAAUAAAUCAUAAGGAUAUUAAUUAAAAAUAAUAGUAAAAUAGCAAAUUUAAAAUGAAGUUACACAUAUUACUAGCAGUGGUGGCUUUUGUUGGCCUCUCCUUAGGAGAAGAAAAAUCAGAAAAAGACAAAGAUUUAGGAACAGUUAUUGGAAUUGAUUUAGGUACAACGUAUUCAUGUGUUGGCGUUUAUAAAAAUGGCCGCGUUGAAAUUAUCGCAAAUGACCAAGGUAAUCGUAUUACUCCAUCCUAUGUUGCAUUUACUGCCGAAGGUGAACGUUUGAUUGGUGAUGCAGCUAAAAAUCAGUUGACUACAAAUCCAGAAAAUACAGUUUUUGAUGCUAAACGUUUAAUUGGGCGUGAAUGGUCUGAUUCAACUGUUCAACAUGAUAUCAAAUUCUUCCCAUUCAAAGUUAUUGAAAAAAAUUCCAAACCACAUAUUAAAGUGGCUACUUCCCAAGGAGAAAAGAUAUUUGCUCCAGAAGAAAUUUCCGCUAUGGUACUAGGGAAAAUGAAAGAAACAGCUGAAGCUUAUUUGGGUAAGAAAGUUACAAAUGCUGUAGUUACCGUACCUGCUUACUUCAACGAUGCUCAACGUCAAGCUACUAAAGAUGCUGGUGCCAUCGCUGGCUUGAAUGUUAUGAGAAUUAUUAAUGAACCAACUGCCGCUGCUAUUGCUUAUGGUUUAGACAAAAAAGAUUCAGAAAAAAAUGUUUUAGUAUUUGAUUUGGGUGGUGGUACUUUUGAUGUAUCAUUGUUAACUAUUGAUAAUGGUGUAUUUGAAGUAGUUGCAACAAAUGGUGAUACUCAUUUGGGUGGUGAAGAUUUUGAUCAACGUGUCAUGGAUCAUUUUAUUAAAUUAUACAAAAAGAAGAAAGGUAAAGAUAUCCGUAAAGAUAACAGAGCCGUUCAAAAAUUAAGACGUGAAGUAGAAAAAGCAAAACGUGCUUUAUCAGCAAGUCAUCAAGUCAGAAUUGAAAUUGAAUCAUUCUUUGAAGGAGAUGAUUUCUCUGAAACUUUAACUCGUGCCAAAUUUGAAGAAUUAAAUAUGGAUUUGUUCCGCUCAACAUUAAAACCCGUACAGAAAGUUCUAGAAGAUGCUGAUAUGAGCAAAAAAGAUGUACAUGAAAUUGUUUUGGUUGGUGGAUCAACAAGAAUUCCAAAAGUACAACAGUUAGUUAAAGAUUUCUUCGGAGGCAAAGAACCAUCACGUGGUAUCAAUCCUGAUGAAGCUGUUGCUUAUGGCGCUGCAGUACAAGCUGGUGUAUUAUCUGGUGAAGAAAACACAGAAGCUAUUGUAUUAUUGGAUGUGAAUCCUUUGACUAUGGGUAUCGAAACUGUUGGUGGAGUUAUGACAAAAUUAAUCCCAAGAAAUACUGUUAUUCCAACAAAGAAAUCACAAAUUUUCUCUACUGCCUCUGAUAAUCAACAUACUGUUACAAUUCAAGUUUACGAAGGUGAACGUCCAAUGACUAAAGAUAAUCAUUUAUUAGGUAAAUUUGAUUUAACUGGCAUUCCACCAGCACCACGUGGCAUUCCACAAAUUGAAGUUUCAUUCGAAAUUGAUGCUAAUGGUAUUUUGCAAGUAUCAGCUGAAGAUAAAGGUACAGGUAAUAAAGAAAAAAUUGUGAUUACAAAUGAUCAAAAUAGAUUAACACCAGAAGAUAUUGAUCGUAUGAUUAGAGAUGCAGAGAAAUUUGCUGAUGAAGACAAAAAAUUAAAAGAACGUGUUGAAAGCCGUAAUGAAUUGGAAAGUUAUGCUUACAGCUUGAAAAAUCAAAUUGGUGAUAAGGAAAAAUUAGGAGCUAAAUUAUCAGAUGCUGAAAAAACUAAAAUGGAAGAAGCAAUUGAUGAAAAAAUUAAAUGGUUAGAUGAUAAUCAAGAUGCUGAUCCAUCAGAAUAUCAAAAACAAAAGAAAGAAUUAGAGAGUAUUGUACAACCAAUUAUAACUAAAUUAUAUCAAAGUACUGGAGGUGCACCACCACCAACUGGAGGUGAAGAUGAAGAAGAUCUUAAAGAUGAACUGUAAAAAAAUAGAAAUGCAAUUUUCAUUUAAGAAAAAAAAAAAGAGCAAGAAAAAUAGGACUGCAUUAAUCUUUGAUUAAUAUUAGCAUUUAAAUUAACUAAAUUUAAAAAAAUCGUUUUAAUGUAAAAUAUUAGGCUUUUUUUUCAGUUAAGCUAUUUAUUCAAGAUAAUUUUUUGUUUUAAUUAAUUUUUUUUUUUUGUUUAAUUAACUAAGUUUUGUAAUUUUUAAAACUAUCAUACUUAGAAUGACUCACAAAGUAGAGUUAAUUUAUAAUUCAAAUUUAGCUUCAUUUACAUUUCAUCUAAAAGAAAAUUGUCUUUAUUUGAUAUACUUAUUAAAUUUUGAACUUAAAUUUCUAAAAAUUAUUACAAAAAAAAAACAAAUCUUUAUGAAUUAAAAAAGUUAAAUUUCAUAUUAAUUAGUAAAUCAUAUUAAACAAUUUUAGUAUUAAUUCUGUUUUGGAUCAUUGACUAUUAAAAUGCGGGUGAUUUAAUUAAAACUUAAUUAUAAAUUUUUAUUGCAAAAUGGAAAACAAAGAAAGCGAAAAAAAAUAUUAAAUAGUUUUUAUUAAAUUCAAAACAGAAUUAUUAAAAUUUCAAUUUAAAACUUUAUGUAAUAUCCUAACUAGAAUUUUUCCUCUAAUUAGUUUACUUGCGUUUAUGACUGAUAUGUGGAAUCAAAAAAUUGUAUGAAUGUAGAACUAACUUUUUUUUUAAAUUAAAAAAUUAAACAAAAUUUUCUUUUAAAUUAGAGAAAUUUAAAUGUUCUCAAAAAUUAUUUUAUAAGUAUCGAAUAUUAUUAAGUAUGUAAUUAUUGAAUAAUAUUUGAGAUUAAAUUUAAUUUAAAAAAAUUAUUGUUUUGUGAAUGAUUAUGAAUGUGUGGAAUUAUUGUGAAUAAUU